AUGGUCCAAUCCCUGACCUCCCAGAUGGACCUCCAAACUGCUGACAUUGCCUUGAUUUUAACAACUGUGCACAACUGCGCACACACAGCCUUCUGGUCUCCAGUAAGACCUGGACACAGGAUUGGAGGCUUUGUUCCCCCCAAAACUCUUGAAGACUCUGAACUCCAGAACCCAAUCCAGGAAUUACAAAACCCAGAGAAAACUGAAAAACAGUUUUCUCCAUUCAUAAUAAUAAUGCUGGUGGAUCCAUAUGGAGGGCAUUCCUGUGAUUCUCUUUGCACCAAACUGGCCCAGGAGGAUGUGAUACUUGACCUUUGUCAACUCCUGGCAGACUUUUCGUUGGACCUUCCAGAUCUUGUUUUGCCCAAAAGUGUAAUCCAAGAAAAUAAUUUGAUAGGCGAAAAAGGGGAAAAAGGGGAAACGGGUCAUCCUGGUCUUCAUGGCAAAGAUGGUUUGGAUGGAAUUCCAGGCCUUCCAGGUCCAAUUGGCCCCAAGGGAGAACAGGGUCAAAUGGGACUGCCUGGUCCAGCAGCAUUGCCUAUCUCAGCAGCUAGUAUUAAAGGAGAUAAGGGAACUGCUGGUCCAGAAGGUCCCCCAGGAAAAGAAGGACAAAGGGGAAGAAGAGGGAAACCAGGGUCCCUUGGCAAAGAUGGCCCACCUGGACCUCCUGGUUUCCAAGGACAAGAUGGACUUCCAGGUCAAAAUGGAGAAAAGGGGGACGUCGGUCCAAGAGGAUUACCCGGCCUGCCAGGAUUGGUCAGUUCUGAUACAAAAGGUGAAAAAGGUGACCAUGGGGUAACUGGAACUACAGGAGAACAAGGAGUGAAGGGUGAGCCAGGACAUCCAGGAUUACCAGGAUUUGCAGGAGCCCCAGGUCCUCAGGGAGAAAAAGGGGAGCUUGGAUCUGUUGGGCCUCAAGGCCCCCCGGGAGGAGUGGGAUUGCCAGGAGAAAAUGGCAUCCCAGGAAAACAAGGCAGUAAAGGGGAGAAGGGGGAAUCUGGUGGAAUCAUGGGGCCUCAUGGACAUCCUGGUCCUAAAGGAGAUCCAGGACCACCUGGAUUCGGUUUACCAGGAGAACCGGGACCAGUUGGAGAUUUGGGUGCUCCUGGUCCAAGGGGUCCAAAGGGAGAAAGGGGUUUACCUGGAGUUCAAGGAUCCCCGGGUGAACCAGGAGUACCUGGAAUCAGCACAGAAGGUCCCCGUGGACCAAUAGGUCCUCCAGGACUUCCCGGUAUCCAGGGUCCACAGGGUCUUCCUGGAAUGUCAGGUCCUCCUGGUCCAGAAGGUGUGCCAGGGAGAGAUGGCAGACCCGGACUCCCAGGACCUCCAGGUGACCCAAUUGCCCUUCCACUUCUUGGUGACAUUGGAGCUUUGCUAAAGAAUGUGUGCAGUCAGUGUCAUGCUGGUGGUCCUGGUACUGGCUUCAAAGUUGAAAAAGGAGGGGCCAUUUCAGCACUUGACGGAAUUAAGGGUGAUCCUGGCCCAAGAGGUCCUCCUGGGAUACCUGGCAAAGAAGGUCCUAAGGGUAUCAAAGGUGAACGUGGCUUCCCUGGCCUGUCAGGAGAGAAAGGUGACCAGGGAUUACCUGGUAUUCCUGGAACACCUGGAAUUGCUGGACCUCAUGGACCUCCUGGCCAGUUUGGGCGAACCUGGACAUCAUGGACCUUCAGGCACAAAAGGAGAAAAGGGCAAUGAAGGUCACCAGGGAAACCUGGACCUCCAGGACCACCUGUAAGUACAGUAAGUUCAGGUUUUAAAUACACUAU